AUGAAAAAUCUCACGAUGAUCCACGAACGUUGUGAUCUAACAUUGCCAACUGAAUAUGAUUCACAUUGGAUUAUUGCUUAUGUAUCAUUAGCAUUUGUUGGAUUAUUUUAUGGAAUUUUCGGUUAUCGCUGCUGGCGUUUAACAAUGUUCAUAACAUCAUUUGCUCUUAGUUCACUAGUGAUUUAUAUUGUUUUAAAAACUCAACCAACAUUAAAUGAAUUUCAAUUAAUAAUGAUAUCUUGUUCAAUAGCGAUACUAUUUGGUUUAGUUAAUACACUAUUAGAAUAUAUUGGACUAUUUACUAAUGGAUUUUGUUUUGGUUUAAUACUUUCCAUAAUAACAUUUGUCGUAGUGCAUAUAAAAGACCAGGCAGCUGGCACAAUAACAACAACAACAAUAUGGUUUGUUAUUGGUCUUAUAUUAAUUUUAGGUUUAAUAUGUGCUACAUUAGCAUUACGUUUUCAAAAAUUUAUGCUUAUUAUAAUGUCAUCUUGCUUAGCCGGCGUUUGUCAAGUACUCGUAUUAGAUUAUUUUCUACAAUUAUCGACUUUAUUUCGUUUUACACAUACAAUCCUUUUAUUGGAAAAGCCACCAGAUUUAUGUUUUCGUCAUUGGAUUAUUAUUUUGAUACAACCAAUUAUUAUGUUACUUUCGAUUUCGAUACAAUAUUCAUGUACAGGAAGAAAUUACGAUCAUAGAGAUUCAUGGCACAAAAUUAUUAGUACAGGCAAAAAACAUUAUAAAACGGCGAAUUUAAACAAAAUUCGUCGCCAUUAUGAACGAGAUACACUUCGACAACAGAUUAUUCCGGAUGAAAGUAAUCGAUUCCGACAUUUUUAUCAUUUACGACGGGCUCAUGGUGAUGCUCUUUCAUCAGAUUUUAUACAAAAUAUGCGACAACAAAGUUCGACAGCAGUUUGUUUAACUAGUAAUAAUACUAUUAACACUAGUCCAAUAAUUCCAACUGGAACGCGACCAUCACGAAAAACUACCGAUAGUACAACGACGACAUUAACUCAUUUAAUUUAA